AUGUCUGAUUUUGAUAUAUGCAAACAGUGGAAAAAAGAGAGACCUACGAUAGAAUAUCAAGCUUUAAACCUACUUCUUUUUAAUAUCCAAUGUCUAAGUACCCAUAUUGCUGACCUCGAUUUUAUAGUAUCAACAUAUAUUCCUCAAAUCUGUAUUCUAACAGGUGUCGGUUCAAAAAUAAAAAAUCCCCCCAAUAUUCCCUUAUAUAAUUGGAUAUGCCAAGAAGGUACUAACGCUUUUGGUGGAGUUGCCAUUAUUAUUCACAAUUCGCUGAAAACAAAAACAAUUGUACAAGCACCAAACUUUAUUCUAAUUGAAUUAACGGUUCUAUCCGAAUCUAUACUAAUCAGCGCUACCUAUAUCCCAACAGGUAGUAGUGUUCCAUUUAACUUACUUGAGACGCAUGUAUCCAAAAACUUCUAUAUAUUCGGUGAUUAUAAUGCUAAACAUUCGCAAUGGUGGUGUAAUACAAAUAAUUCAAGUGUAAAUGACUUGAAAUCCUGGCUCGAUGAAAAAGGUUAUCAACUAAUUGCAUCUAUUAAACCAACAUCAAAACGAUCAGAUGCAGUUAUUGAUUUUGGGAUCACCAAUGAUGCUACAAGAUGGCGAUCGGAAGCAAUAAUAGAAGGAACAUCGGAUCACUACCCGGUAUAUUUUGAAGCUCCAUUCUCAGUAUCUGAAAAGGGAUACUUCAAGAAGACAAAUUGGAAUAUUUACCAUUUUUUUCUACAAAAUAUAUGCGAAUACCUAAACGUUGUUGUCUACAAUUUGGAUGCUGAGGAUUUCUUUUAUCUAUUUGCUCUAUUACUUUCUUCAUUAUCCGAUCGUGUAUACGCUGACGAAAGAUGGUUAUAUCAACAAAAACAAACAGAAAAUCAAUUAGCUUGGAUUGCUCAAGGAAAUAAUAUCUGGAAAUUAGUACAUCCUAUUUUCCAUCUCUAUUCGCCCGCAUUAAGCGGACUUACUACCAAUGAAGGUAUAAUAAAAGAUCCUCAAAUGAUUGUUGAUACUUUAGCGGGCCAUUAUGAAAAAGAUUUCGAAACUCCAACUCAUGAUUAUGGAAUUUUGGCACAUGUAGAAGCAAUAGAAGCAUACACAAAUAUCUCAUAUCUACCAAAUAUUCUCCUGGAACAAAUCUCAAUAGAAGAAGUUCAUUCGGCCUUGAAACGUACACAAAAUAAAAAAUCGACUGAUUGUGAUGGAAUAUCGUCUUUUCAUCUGAAACAAAUACCCGAAGAGUUUAUAAAGAUAAUUACCAUUAGGUUUAAUAAAAUGGCGGAAACAGGCAUCUACCUAAAACGUAGUAAACACGCCAAAGUCAUUUGCAUUUCCAAGAAAGGUAUGUAUCCUACAGUAAACAAGUUAAGACCAAUUUCACUUAUAUCAAAUAUUGGUAAAUUAUUCGAAAAAAUUAUUCACAAAACGAAUUUUGAAAUGGUGCAAAGAAAAAGGUAUAUACAUUGGCGAACAGUCUGGUUUCACUCCCGAGAGGAGACUCCAGACAAGAAUCCUGACACUGGUUGA